AUGCGCCUGCGCCCUGGGGCCGCCUGCACCCUGGGGCCGCCCGUGCCUCCCCCGUGCGCCUGCGCCCUGGGGCCGACCGCGCCUCCUCCGUCCGCCUGUGCCCUGGAGCCGCCCGCGCCUCCUCCGUGUACCUGCACCCUGGGACCACCCGGAAGAGUAGGCAUCGGCGGCGUCCGUGGCGGCCUUGGCGGUGCUGCAGAGACGAAGAUGGCAGGCGCAGAGAUGAGCGCGUCGUGGCGGCCCCUCGGGCGGCUGAGGCGGCAGCGCUCGGAGGGGAGCACACGGCGGCGCUGCGGCAGCGGGCGGACACCCUGGACGCUCCCCUGCGCGGACCCCGCGGCGUUCGGGCACCGGGAGGAGGCGGCGCACCGUGAGAUGGUCCCUGGCCAGGUGAAAACUUCCUCAGAACUUUUUAGUAAGUCUGAGAAAGAAGACACUGAGAUUCCUAAUAGCCAUGGAAGAGAGACAGAGCCGCUAGAAGAAUCUACUGACCUGGAGGAGAUCAUGAGUGCAGGAGAUGACUGUUGCCUGAUAACUCUCCCCUUGAAUGACCAGUCUGCACCGCCUCAAAGAAAUACAGCUGAGAGUCCAUCUGAAAAACUGAAACUGGAUGAUACACAACAAGAAAUUACUUCAAAACAUGAGCAUUCUUCCGAUUUACAAGAACCAUCAGUUAAAAUUCAGUCUCCUAAAUUAAGUGGCAAAUCUAGGGCAGAUUCUGCUUCCAGGGAUGACAGAAAGCAAGAAACAAGUGUGUCGUUUAAUUACAGGAAACAUCUCUUCUCUGAGAGUAGUCAAGAUUCAAGUACCAGUACCAGUGAACUAUCUUGGACCAGUAACCAAAAGAAGAAAUCCCUAAAAUCAUACUCUAGUAGAAAAAAGAUAAGAACCAGGAGUAGUAUAAGAAUCUUGCCACUUUUCCCUCUCAGUAGUGGCAGUGACCAUGACCACAAGAAAGACCAAGCUAAACUUCUAAGACCAUUACGGAAAGACGUGUCCAGGCAAAAUGACACCAUGCCUCCGCAAAUUUCUGAAACAAAAUUCCCAAGUAGUUCUACCUUUUUAACUCUUGAAGAUUCUGCGAAAAAAACAGUAUCUAUUGAAGAAAGUGUGAAGAAGCAAGACGACUCAAAUGAUGACCUGUAGCAGGGGUUGGUAAACUUUUGUCUGUGAAGGACCGGAUG